AUGCAAAAAAGUUAUCAUGAAGAAGAAUUUGACAUAUUUAAGCGCGAAAUGCGUAAAUUACACGAAGAGUCCGUUAAAGAUUUAAGGCAAACUAUAGAAGUUUCAUUAAAAGAUAAUUUACGACAGUCGGUUGAAAGUAGACCGGAUACACGACCUAAUAAGGGUACUGAUAUUGUCAACAAACGAAAGCGGCAAUAUCAUCACAGUGUUAGUGAGAUUUCUGACUCGUCUGAACUAAAGGUUUUCAAACAAGCAACAGCAACAAAAAAGGAAGUCGAAAUUACGAAUCAAAUUGACGAUUUAUUGGCUGAUGAAAAUUCAAGUGAGCCAGUCACACAAAACUCUGACUUCGAUGUUUUCGAAGAGGCAUUAGAAACAGAAUACUGCACAAACGAUGAAAAAGUUGGGAAGAAUAUUAGCAAUAAGAUUGCUGGUAUAGUUAAUGAUAUUUUUUCUCAUAGUAUGACAGAUGAGAAAAUUAAAGAGAUAUUUGACAAGUAUCCUAGGCCUGGGAAUAUAGAUGUCUUCUUGCCUAGAGUUAACAGAGAAAUUUGGUCAAACAUUAAGCCACAGACAAGAUCUUCAGACAUCAAGUACCAGAAAACU